CCUCAGAUCAAAGAGAAAUAAGAUAUGUUGAGGGAAGAAGAGUCAACAUGGUUUUUGCAAAGGAAAAUCAUGCCUUACCAGUCACUUAGAAUUCUUUAAAGUUGUCAACAAGCAUGUAGAAGAGGAUGAUCCAAUGGAUAUACUGUACUUUGACUUCCAGAAAGCCUUUGACAAAGUUCCUCUCCAAACUUAGCAAACAUGGGAUAAAAGGGAAGGUCCUCUCCUGGCUGAAAAGGCAGAAAAUGAAAGGUAGGAAUAAAUCAUCAGUUUCAUGAUGGAGGAAAGUAAAAAGUGGGAUUCCCAGGGCUCUGUACCAGGACCUAUUCAAAAUAUUCAUAAGUGAGCUGGAAAAAAGGCUAAAUACUGAGGUGUCAACAUUUGGAGAUGAUGCAAAAUUACUCAAUAUAGUUAAGUCCAAAAAUUAAUUCUGAAGAGUAACAAGGGAUCUCAUUAACUGGGCAACAGAAUGGUAGAUGAAAUUCAGUGUUGUUAAGUAUAAAGUAAUGCACACUGAAAAAUAAUCCCAAGUAUACAUACCUAUGAGAAGGUGUAAAUUAACUAUUACCACUAAAGAAAGAGAUGUUUGAGUUGUGGUGGAACAUUGUCUGAGACCAUCCACUCAGUGUGCAGCAGCAGUCAAAAAAGCCCACAGUCUGAGGAAUUAUUGGGAAAAGGACAGAUAAUAAAACAAAAUAUUGUAAUGCUACUAUUUGAAUCCAUGUUAUGUCCACACCUUGAACCCUGCAUGCAGUUCUAGUCUCCUCCCCACCCAAAAAAAGAUAGAUUAGGAUUGCAAAAGGUGCAGAGGAGGACAAGGAAACAGAUUAGAUUAUGGAAGAGCUUCCAUAUGAAGAGAGAUUAAAAAGACAGACUCUUCAGUGCGGAAAAGAGAAGACUAAAGGGAGUUGUCAACUUUCUAAUCAAAUAAAUAAAAUACCCCUGGCAUGUUCCAAGGUCCCAUUCAUGCCCCACUCCUCUGAGGCUUCACUGCCUGCUUGUGCUGUCCCCCCCUCUGUUGCUCACUCUUCCCCACCCUCACUCACUUUCCCCAGGCUGGGGCAGAGGGGUUGGGGUAUUGGAGCGGAUAUGGGUUGGGGGUUCAUUCUCCUGGUCAGGCUAGAUAUGAGGGGUUCAGGGUAUAGGAGAGGCUAGGGCAAGGAGUUAUAGGGGAAGGUGGAGAAGUAGUUGUGGGUUCUGGAGUGGGGCUGAGGAUGAGGAGUUUGGGGAUGAAGAAGGGGGCUCCAGGUUGGUGCAGGUAGGUGAGACUUCGCUUGGGGGUGAGGAUGGGAAUGAGGGAUUUUGGGUGCAGGAAGCAGCUCUGGGCUAGGCCACAGGGCUAGAGUCUGGGGGUGGUGUUAGGGCUCUGGCUAGGGGUGAGGCUGGAAAUUGAGGGGUUUGUGGUGCAGGAGGGGACUCUGUACUGGACAAAGGAUUGGGAUGAAGUGUCCUGGUGGUAGUUACUGUUGCUCCCAGGAAGCGACCACGAGGUCCCUGUGGCCUUUUGGUGCAUGGAUGGCCAAGGAUGCUUCAUGUGUUGCCCACCGUCACCCCCUCUACAGCUGCUAUUGGUCACGGUUCCUGGCCUGUGGGAGCUGCAGAGCUGGCCCUUGGGGUGGGGCCAACACACAGAGUCUCCCAGUCCCUGACUGCCUCAUGCACCUAGGGGCACAGGACUGGGCAGCCACUUCUAGGAGAGGCUUGGAGCCAGGGCAGGUAGGAAGCCUGCUUUUAGCUCUGGGACCCUGCUGCGCUGCUGACUAGAAUUUAAUGUUUUGGUUGUUGGUGGCAAGCAGAGUUGCUAGGUCCCCUUUUCAGACACCUGGCAGUCUUCGUCACAGCCAUAGGACACUAAGCCAUAGCCCAACCCUGGCUGCAGACACUGACUGCUGAAGAAGUCAUGGAGGUUUGGUAAAGUCACAGAAUCUGUGACUUCAAGAUUUCCAUGACUAAAUUGUAAUCUUAAUAAUUGCCUUGUUCUGUUUGUACCCCCUGAAGCAUCUGGCACUGACUCCUAUCAACAUUAGAAUACUGGCUACAUGGACCAUUGGUUUCUCUUAGCAUGGCUGUUGUUAUUUAGAAAUGACUUGCUGUAUAAGCCUGCAUUGUGCCUGGCAACUGUUACCUAGUGACAAUUUCAGCUGCUUUAGCCAUUGGCUGUGCUGUUGAUUGGGGCAGAAGGACCGAGUCACCUUUCUGAUGGUGAGUUCUUCUGCAUCAGCUAAGGAUAAAGAGGAGGAGCAGACUCAGGUGCAAGCAAUAAUUUCAAGAGAGAAUGUGAGAAAAAGUGACAGCAUCCUUGUAACUGCCUCACAGUAAAUAGGACUUCUUUAUCAAGCUGUUCACCAUAGCAGCUGAUAAGAAUGAACAGAGGAGAGAAACAUUGGCUUAUUGCUGUAGCAAGAGAAUUUUUUUAAAAAGUAGUUAUUUUGUAACAGAUUACUUUUUAGGCAGAGGGAAUGGAUAACUGACAAGUGUUUUGGGGAUGCAUGGAAUCAAAAAGAGCCUUCUGUACAGCAUGAUGGUGCACCACGGAAAAUUAACUUCAGAAGAAUGCUUUUUAUCAAACUACUGCAUCAGAAGUGGAGGAAAUGCUGCUUUUCUACAGAAUGAAAUUCCUUCAGAAGGCACAGUGAAGACUAUCAAAAGCAUCAGUGAGAUGUCAGUACUUUUAAUGGGACUUAAAGCGAAUGCUAAUAUAAUAUCUGAAUGACCUUGGAAAUCUUUUUAUUUGGAUUGCUUCAUUCUUGUCUGCCUGUUCCUAAUCUCAGGAAUUCUACAAUUAAAGAUAUUUUUAGUAUUUGUGGGGGCUUUUAAAAACAAGACUGUGUACAGUAACCUAGCAAAUGGUCCUUGCACUAAUCAAGCAUUUACUCAAAAAUGAAUGCAGAAGAGGCUUUCUUUUAACGUUUGGCUGCUCCAUAUCUGCAAAUACAAUUAACAGGUAAUGUCCAGCUAUUAGAAGAUCUGUUUUUGAAGCAGUGAUUUAUCAUGCUAAUCAUGUAAUAAAAACAAAGUCUAUGGCAGCCUAGAAGAUGAAACUGAGUGACAGAAUAAUGGAGUAAACAAUGGCAGCUUUUCUAGUCAGAUCAGCAUUUCAUUAGCUUCACAGCAGAAUGCAGAGGGAAGUUUUUGUUCUUGUAUGGAGCUUAUGAAAAGAUUCAGGUGUUGCUACAGAGGUGAGAAAUAUCGUGGAUAUAGCUAUGAACUUCACAGUACUGAUCCACUGUAGCAGAUAUGUCAUUAUUCCUGAAGAAAAUAAUUUUUGAUUAUCACUGCUGCAAUUAAAUGCAAGAAGGAUGUAUUUUGUCUGUGAGGACCUUGGAUUGUUCUGCUGACAUUGAUAGUUAUAGUGGACCAUAAAUGUUUAAGAGUUUUUAAUACUGACAAACUCCAAAAUUUUUUUUUUUUUUUUUUAUUUUUAAGUGAUUACUCACAAUCUUCCUCAUUGUAUAGGUAGAUGUAUGUUUUCCUUCCUGGGAGUUAGAGGACAAACCUGGCUCUCCCCAUACCCUUCUCCCUCCAAAUAAAAUUCAUUAUUCAUACACAAACUGUGGUGCGUCUAGUGGCAUUAACCUUGACAGAAAUGUUUUCCUUACAUCUCUAAUGAAUAGAAUAGAUGAAGCAAAAAUCUCCUGAACAGAGCCCAAAGACACAGAAUGAAACAAUGAACUUUUCUUCAGUUUUCCAGACAAUCUGUGGUUUAAUUAUUUAAAUGAACUUAAAACAUUAAUUUGUUUCUAAUGAUUCCUGAUUCAGGAGACUUGUGUUAUAUUAAGACUUUCCCCCCUUUUUAUUAUUUGUAUAUUUCUAGCUAAUUCCAAAGAAAUAGCCUUUCUCAGGAAAAAGAAAAAAAAUCCACAGAAUUUUUGGAAGCAGUUGACUUUUUCCUGUUCCUUUUCUUUUUAUUUUAUUUUUAAUUUUCAUCUUCCACAAAUACAGUAAAAAGAACCUGUUUUCUUUAGAAGUGCCUUGUGUUUGAUAAAGAUGGAUCAAGAGCACUGGAGGAAACUGGUCAGUUGCCUUUUUUUCUUCUUUCUGGCUUUUUUUGCUUUCCUCAAAGCUAAGGUGUGUCAGAGUUUUGCCCUGACGCUGAAGAGACAACAGCUAUGAGACUGUAACCUCCCUGAUAGAGGUGCUGGCAGUGUCUACCAAGAGAGAUCAUGAGACGCUGAAGCAGAGUUUAUCUGAUGUUGGGCAGGUCACCUGCUCACUGUAAUUCUGAUUGCAGUGUUCCCUAACCCCAAACCAUGAACUACUCCAGAUGGAUUGAAUGGAGGACUCUGAACAUGAGCAGUAACCUUGUGAAUUUGUCUGAGCAUCUCUCCUGCCCGCUAGGAUUUGGCCACUACAAUGCAGUCGACAUCUGCAUCCUCGAGACAGCCGUCAUUGUUUUGCUAACAUUUUUAAUUAUUGCUGGUAAUUUGACUGUAAUAUUUGUUUUUCACUGUGCUCCCCUCUUACACCAUUAUACCACCAGCUAUUUUAUUCAAACCAUGGCCUAUGCCGAUCUUUUUGUUGGAGUUAGCUGCCUGGUUCCUACAUUAUCAUUGCUUCACUACUCUACAGGUGUCCAUGAGUCUUUGACUUGUCAGGUUUUUGGAUACAUCAUCUCUGUGCUGAAGAGUGUCUCCAUGGCAUGCCUUGCUUGCAUCAGCGUUGACCGCUAUCUUGCUAUAACAAAACCACUUUCCUAUAAUCAACUGGUCACACCUUGUCGCUUGAGAAUCUGUAUAAUUUUGAUCUGGAUAUACUCUAGUCUGGUCUUCUUGCCUUCCUUUUUUGGUUGGGGAAAACCUGGUUACCAUGGCGAUAUUUUUGAAUGGUGUGCUACCUCCUGGCUCACCAAUGCCUAUUUUACUGGCUUUAUUGUUUGCUUAUUAUAUGCUCCAGCUGCCCUGGUAAUCUGUUUCACAUAUUUCCACAUCUUCAAAAUUUGCCGGCAGCACACCAAAGAGAUAAAUGACCGGAGAGCUCGUUUUCCUAGCCAUGAAGUGGAUGCUGCUGGAGAGACUGGGCACAGCCCCGACCGCCGCUAUGCCAUGGUUUUAUUUCGGAUAACCAGUGUAUUUUAUGUGCUUUGGCUCCCCUAUAUCAUAUACUUUCUUCUGGAGAGCUCGAGGGUGCUGGAAAAUCCAGCACUUUCCUUCUUAACAACGUGGCUUGCUAUAAGCAAUAGUUUCUGCAACUGUGUGAUAUAUAGCCUCUCCAACAGUGUUUUCAGGCUGGGACUCCGGAGGCUGUCGGAGACAAUAUGUUCAUCUUGUAUGUGUUUAAAAGACAAGGAUGUACGGGACCCCAAACCUAGAAAACGGGCUAAUUCCUGCUCCAUUUAAAGAAAACUGGGACAACUAAGGAAAUGCAGUCUGACCUUGGGUUUGGAUAGCAUUUGAGACAUCUGGAAAUUUGCCACAACAGAAAUAUUUACUUGAAUAGUUUCUACGACAUGAGAUGUGGGUUUGAAAAUGAUUUGUAAUAAAGGAAAAGGUUGCUAUUAAAGGGCACUGCAAGGGUACACAAAUUAUUGUGAAUAUGGAUCUUUAAAUUGAGGGGUGGUAUGACAGAAAUUGAACAGAUGAAAUAAAUCAAUAUCUCAUAUCUUCCACAAGGCAUGAAAUAACUGGCACUUCACAGCAGGCCCCCUCCCCUUAGGAUAAAUUAGUGACUUAUUAAAUUUUUUUCCUUGUAGAGAAAUUGUCAUAUAUUAUAUAUGUGGCAGAAUAUACAGUAGCCUCUAGUAUUAAAAUACACUUUUUAAAACAUGAGUGGCUGUCUAUAAACAAUAUCUGUAGAGGAUGCAUACUAAAUGUUGCAACUUAACAGUCAGCUGCACAUAGUCUUUGCUUGUGUCUUGUACUAUUUCUUUUGUACAAAUCUCUGCUAAAUAUUUCUUGCCUCCCCAAAAAAUAAACUCCACACAAAUUAAAGAAACUGGGUACAAUUUUUGGAUAAAAUUAGUUUGUUUUUUUGCAUUUCUGGUGCAGCUUCCACAAAGCCUCCUUCCAACCCCAUUUCCAUUUUUUAUGCCAUGCACUAUGGGUUCUAUUAUUCAGAUAUGACACAGUUAAUGAAGGACCCUAUCAGAUAAACUUAAUUUCAACUAACUCCUUCCUUCAGAAAACAGUGUCUGUUUUUACUAGUUGGA